GCAGAGAGAGAGGGAGGGAGCCGCCGCACCCAGAAUUCGCCGACGCCGCCGGAGAUUUUAUCUCGCCGCCGUUCCACACACACCGCGACGUGGACAGCCAGCACCGCUGUUAUUCUUGAACCACGGCCGUCGUUUGGGCGGGGCGCGCCAGGAAGGAGCAGUCUGCAUCUAAUAAUCACUUGAACCCAAUUCAAUUCAGUAUAUACAAUUCUUCUUAUAUAGACGGAGACAUCCAUCUACUUUCAUCUAACAUCAUUUUACACCUGUUUUGCUUAAAUUCUAGAUAUACUUAUUACACUUAGCUUGUGAUUCAACAGGUACUGUACCGUCAUGGGCAUGUUGAUGAACAACGACGACAGCAGCAGCAUGCAUCCACGGCCGCAGGUCCUUGCUUCCCUGCCCUUGCUGGUCUACGAAUACAAGGAUCAUCCCAAUGCCACAACAAGGAUGCUCAUAUAUAGCCUACCCGAGCGGAGCAUUGUCUACACGCACAACAGCAGUAGGCCCCAGAUGAUGAUGAUGGAGGGUAACUUAUCCUUCAGCACCCCUCAAGGAUGGCUGGUCAUCCUUGGACAAGCGUCAGAGGCCUCGAUCUGGCAUCCGCUCACCGGAGAGACCAUCACGCUCCCACCAAUACACGGCGACCACCGUAUCCCCGAUAGCUGCAAGUGUCUGCUCACCCGCAGCUCCGUCGCCCACCCAGACUGCGCCGUCGUGCUUCUCGACGUCACCGAUCCUCUCAUGUGGUUCUGCCCGGUGAAUGGCGGGGCCGACAGGAUGUGGGUGCAGCACGCCUACGACAUUGGCGACCACUUCUUCCCCGAGGAGUUCCGCACUCCCUCCACGCCCACCAAGAAUGUUGUCGACGACGUCGCCGCGCUGGGAGGGAAGCUGUAUUUUCGCUUCACCGAAUCAGACCAAGACUUCAUGGGCGUCUUUGACUUCGAUUUCCAUGGCCAUACUCCUGCCGUGGAGUUUUACGAGUUUGAUGUCUCUGAAGAGUUCAACCUCAAGUUUCCCGAGGGCGUGUGCUCUGCCUCCAUCCACUUGGUGGAGUCCAUGGAUGAGCUUUUUGCUGUCUGCAUCUUCUAUGUCGAUUUUGAUCCCACCAACAUUAGCGCCGCUCAUAUCUUCAAGAUGGAGGAAAUCUGCGACGAGGAACCCGUGGCCUGGCACCGGGUGGAUGAUAUUGGCGACAGGGCUUUCCUCCUGACGGGCACCAACAUGUCAACUUGGUGCUCAGUAAGCACGAAUAACCUGAAAGGGAACACCCUCUACUUUCUAGGCCACUUAGUAGCUGGCCACAGGAAUCUCUGCAUCUAUGAUAUUCAGGAGCAGUCCAUGGAGAUUGUCCAGGUUCACGACCAAGAAGAUAUGGAGAUCGUGCGCACACCGCCAUACUGGAUUAAUGUACCUCCGUGCUAGUAUUA